CAAAAACUGGAGGACAAAAGCCACAGUAUAAAGUGACCUUAUUAGGCUUGAAUAUUGGGUGAGCUCCAUCAGGAACUUGUUCAACUGUGGCAACAGCAAAACAGUUUCUCAUGACCACAUAAAUUCCUUCCUGUGUUUGUGAUAGUUCUUGCUCUGGGAAAUACAUUUUUUUAAAAGUUUGGACAUGCUGGAUGGGUUCAAGCCAUAAGUAUAUGUGAUUAAGUUGCCUCUCAAUUCUUUUUCAGACCUUACAUGUGAACAAGGUGAUGUCCAUCUUGUUUUAUGUGAUCUUUCUGGCUUUUCUCUGUGGCAUCCAGUCUACCAGCAUGGACCAAGGGAUUUUAACAGAAGAUUCCAUGAAUUCUUUUAUCAGAACACUGAUUCAGGCUGGCAUUUGGAAAAACAAGCUCCCUAAGCAGACGGCCAGAACCAAGGAUGGCAUGCAAACCACAGUGAAGAGGACCGAGGCUGAAGCAGAUGCGAUGGCAAGCAAAGGUUUCCAGCCCAUUGUUUCGGUGGAUGCUGAACUGCUGAGGCAGCAGAGACGCUUCAGCUCCCCCCGGGUGCUCUUGAGUGAAAAUGCCCCUCUGGAGCCCCCUCCCUUGUACCUGACAGAGGAGCCCCUGGUGCAGAACCGAACGUCUCGCCGGAAGAGGGAAGGGAAGCGCCACCGUGGAGAGUACUCUGUGUGCGACAGCGAGAGCCGGUGGGUCACGGACAAAUCCUCUGCUGUUGACAUACGAGGGCACCAGGUGACUGUCCUGGGAGAAAUCAGAAUGGGCCCCUCCCCAGUCAAACAAUACUUUUACGAGACGAGAUGUAAGCAAGCCAAACCUGCCAAAAGUGGCUGCCGCGGCAUCGAUGACAAGCACUGGAACUCCCAGUGCAAAACCUCACAAACGUUUGUACGCGCAUUGACUUCAGAAAACAACAAACUUGUAGCCUGGCGAUGGAUAAGAAUAGACACUUCUUGCGUGUGUGCCUUGUCCAGGAAAAUUGGACGAACAUAGGUCUGUGUCUCUGCCAUAUAAGUUAUUAUGACUAAAUUAUAUGAUAUGCAUGUCGCAUAUAAAGGUUUCUAUUGUUUAUAUA